AUGAAUCUCCUUUUCGCGCGGAGUUUGCUGCUUAGUGCUGUUUGCUGUUUGUCUUUAUUAUCUCAACCCCAUGGGGCUCUGACUCUGCCUACCAGCAGCAGCAUGAACGAGGAGGGAGAAGUGCUGCCAAUGGGCCGCCAAAUCCCUGUGAAUACUUCGCAGCAGACUGUGCGAGCGCAGCUCCCUGUUGAAUUUGUUCAGAUUGAUUUCAGCACCCCAGGUAGUGCUGCUGCUACAGCAGCAGAAGCAACAGCAGAAGCCGGCACCGUACGCCAAACAAGAGACCCACAGGAAGAUAUCAAUUCAGACAGUUCGUUUUUUAGCAGCUUCGAUGGUUUCUCAUCUCCAACGAUCGCCUUUUCAAGAAGAACACGCAGGUCAGACGAAAGAUCCACAUACCCUUUUCUAGAUUUCUUCACAUCUGAUUGGGACGAUGAAGCUGAUUCUUUGUUUGAAGGUGACGGCCCAGAUGAAGACGAAGAUAUUUUUGCCUUUCCCGGCUUUUUAGCGGCUGCUCCUCCUCCUCCUCUCAGCGAAUCCAUGCCGUCGCGAUCGCUGAGACGGAAAGGUAGAAUUUGA